AUGGCUCCAAAAACAGAUUCCAUCACUUUAGAAAUCAACGUCGUUUCCGCCAGAGGCCUUACUGAAGCUGACCCCACCGUCAAGAUGAAUAUAUACGCCGUCGUUUCAAUCACCGGCGCCGACCAAGAGGCCAUCCACACCAACGUGGAUAAAGAAGGCGGCGGAAACCCCACGUGGAACUUUCCGGUGAAGCUCGCCGUCGACGGAUCAAAAAGAGAUUAUUUUAAUAUUACUCAUCUGGAUUUCGUUCUUAAAUGCGAGGACGGGAAAGGAGAUAGAGAUGUGGGUGAAGUCCACGUGUCGAUUGCGGAGCUUAUUCUGAUGUCCGCGGCCGGAGCCGGGAACUCCAUGGGAUACGUCGUCGUUUCGUAUCCGGUCAUAAGGCCUUCCGGGCAGACGGAGGGCGUGUUGAAUUUCGAAUAUAAAUUUGGCGCUUCUCUUUCUCCCACAAUUCAUACACCGGACACUGAUUAUGCCGCCAGGAGCCUUGGAUAUCCACCACAGGGAUAUUAUUAUCCUCCCCAGCCGCCGGCGGCAGGACACGGUGGCUAUGGCUACCCACCACCAGCACAGCCGUACGGUCCGUAUCCACCGCCGCUGCAGCCUCACUACAUUCCGCCGCCGGCGUACCCCCUUUACAACGUCGGACCACCAGGAGCGCCGCCGUACGGAUAUCCGCCACAUCAAAGUCACGUGCACGCACGUGCACCUCUAGCCGGGUCGUCUGAUCAGCAACGGUCGGCGCACCAAAGUAAGAAGAAAAAUUCAGCAUGGAAAGCUGGAGCGAAGAUGCUGGGGGUGGCCGGCGCUCUAGCACUCGGAGUUGUCUCAGGCGGAUCGGCGCCGUCGUUUGAGUCUCUGUCAGCGCCGGCACCGGUGCCAGAUCUCUCCGCCCUCACAUCUGGAUUUCAAAUUCCCGAUCCGGCCGCCGCCUUCGCGCCUCCGGAUUUCUCGAACUUCUGUCCGCUUCCAGAUCCUUCUGCUUUAUUGGAUGCCACAUUCGUUGAUUACAGUUCGCUUGUGUAACUAAAUUUUAACUACUACGCUUCCGUUAAUCGUCGUCGUUUUUUUUCUUUUUUUAAUAAAACUUGUUUGGUUGACUUUGUCAUUUAUUAAUAUCGUGAACUUUGUGUUUGACAUAUUAUUGUGGGUUGAAGAGUGAGUUUGACUUUUUACCUAAAUUA